CCUUCAGCGCCGUCUGAACGGGCACAUACGUACAGUAUAUGUAAAAGGGGAGUCGAGCCCAACUUGGCCGCCUUUGACAAACUGAAAGCGAAAAGCUUGCCGGAAGGGCCUGGGCUGCGCUCGGGGAUCGCUUGCUUUGGCCUGCCUGCGGCUGUGGCUGAACUGCAGCAAUGGAGGAGCUGCCGGAACCGGGGGAAGAGGCCGCCGAGCCGGUCUCGGCUGCGUCCGCUGUGGCCGCGGAGGGCGAGCGGAUCUCGGUGCACAACUUCUGCGGGCGCCUGUCGGAGCAGCUGGUGCACUUCCACGCCAUGCGCCUGCGGGACUCGCUCUUCCUCUGGGUCGGGGAAGGGCCCCAGCUCGGCAACCUGGCCGUGGCCAUGUGCACCCCGCGCGACUCCAUUCCAGCAUCUACUUUACUCUUUGGCGACUCCUCCAACAGCACCUCCAAUUCACUAGCCCAAAAAUUAGCCAGCAAGACUAAAAAGCAGAUUUUCGUCAGCUAUAAUAUUAAAAAUACAGACAGCAGCUUCAUACUACUUGUGGAAAACCGAAUCAAGGAGGAAAUGACAAUAUUUCCAGACAAGUUUUAGCUUUGCAUCGUUGUAGCAUGCCUGCAUUUUUGUUUCUAUGUUUUUUGUUUGUUUGUUUCUAAAAUAAUGAAUGGGAUGACAUGCUUUUUUUCUGUCACUGAGUGAACUUUUGCUUUUUGUACCCGUCCUAGAAGCUGUAAGGUUUGGCUGAGGGUGCCAUCUACUGGA